AUGGUGGGUCUGAGGGUCCAAGAAGGGGUCACCCAGAUGCCAGGACCCCUUGGGGACCUUGGGGGUCUGAAGGUCCAAUGCGACCCGGGCCAGGCCACCAAGUACCUCUACGAGCUGCUCUACAACGACCCCAUCAAGAUCAUCCUCAUGCCGGGCUGCAGCAGCGUCUCCACGCUCGUGGCCGAGGCCGCCCGCAUGUGGAACCUCAUCGUGCUCUCCUACGGCUCCAGCUCGCCGGCGCUCUCCAACCGGCAGCGCUUCCCCACCUUCUUCCGCACGCACCCCUCGGCCACCCUGCACAACCCGACGCGCGUCCAGCUCUUCAAGAAGUGGGGCUGGACCAAGAUCGCCACCAUCCAGCAGACCACCGAGGUCUUCACCUCGACCCUCGACGACCUGGACCAGCGGGUGAAGGAAGCCGGGCUGGAGAUCACCUUCCGCCAGAGCUUCUUCUCCGACCCCGCCGCGCCCGUCCGCAACCUCAAGCGCCAGGACGCCCGUAUCAUCGUGGGCCUGUUCUACGAGACGGAGGCGCGGAAGGUCUUCUGCGAGGUCUACAAGGAGAAGCUCUACGGCAAGAAGUACGUCUGGUUCCUCAUCGGCUGGUACGCGGACAACUGGUUCCGCAUCAAGGACCCGGCCAUCAACUGCACCGAGGCAGAGAUGGCCGAGGCCGUGGAGGGCCACGUCACCACCGAGAUCGUCAUGCUCAACCCCGAGAACACCCGCAGCAUCUCCAACAUGACCUCCCAGGAGUUCAUUGAGAAGCUGCAGAAGCGGCUGGGCAAGAACCCCGAGGAGACGGGCGGCUUCCAGGAGGCGCCGCUGGCCUACGACGCCAUCUGGGCCCUGGCGCUGGCCCUCAACAAGACCUCGGCCGAGCUGGUCAAGAAGGGCCUGCGCCUGGAGGACUUCAACUACAACAACAAGAACAUCACCGACGAGAUCUACCGCGCGCUCAACUCCUCCGCCUUCGAGGGCGUCUCGGGUCACGUUGUCUUCGACGCCAGCGGUUCCCGCAUGGCCUGGACCCUCAUCGAGCAGCUGCAGGGCGGCGUCUACAAGAAGAUCGGCUACUACGACAGCACCAAGGACAACCUGUCGUGGUACAACAACGACAAGUGGAUCGGGGGCGCCCCACCGGCCGACUACACCAAGGUCAUCACCACGUUCCGGUUCCUGUCGCAGAAGCUCUUCAUCUCCGUCUCGGUGUUGGCCUCGCUGGGCAUCCUGCUGGCCAUCAUCUGCCUGGCCUUCAACAUCUACAACGGGCACGUGCGGUACAUCCAGAACUCACAGCCGUACCUGAACAACAUGACGGCGGUGGGCUGUACGCUGGCGCUCGCGGCUGUAUUCCCGCUGGGCCUGGACGGGUACCACAUCGGACCAGGGCUGUUCCCGUUCGUCUGUCAGGCCCGGCUCUGGCUGCUCGGCCUGGGCUUCAGCCUGGCCUACGGCAGCAUGUUCACCAAGAUCUGGUGGGUCCACACGGUCUUCACCAAGAAGGAGGAGAAGAAGGAGAAGCGCAAGACCCUGGAGCCCUGGAAGCUCUACGCCACCGUGGGGCUGCUGGUGGGGCUGGACGUGGUGACGCUGUUCGUCUGGCAAGUCGUGGACCCCCUGCACCGCACCAUCGAGGAAUUCACCAAGGAGGAGCCCAAGACGGACACCGACGUCUCCAUCCUGCCCCAGCUGGAGCACUGCAGCUCCACCAAGAUGAACACCUGGCUCGGGAUAUUCUACGGCUUCAAGGGGCUCCUGCUGCUGCUGGGCAUCUUCCUGGCCUAUGAGACCAAGAGCGUCUCCACGGAGAAGAUCAACGACCACCGCGCCGUGGGCAUGGCCAUCUACAACGUGGCGGUCCUGUGCCUCAUCACGGCGCCCGUCACCAUGAUCCUCAGCAGCCAGCAGGACGCGGCCUUCGCCUUCGCCUCGCUCGCCGUCGUCUUCUCCUCCUACAUCACCCUCGUGGUCCUCUUCGUGCCCAAGAUGCGGCGCCUCAUCACCCGCGGCGAGUGGCAGUCGGAGCAGCAGGACACCAUGAAGACCGGCUCGUCCACCAACAACAACGAGGAGGAGAAGUCCCGCCUGUUGGAGAAGGAGAACCGGGAGCUGGAGAAGAUCAUCGCCGAGAAGGAGGAGCGGGUGUCGGAGCUGCGGCAACAGCUGCAGGAGCGGCAGCAGGUGCGGGCGCGCCGGCGGUCCUCCAACACCGCGCGGGACGGUGACAACCACUUCUACCAGCCCAGCCUCCCGCUGGUGCGCUGCCUCGUCUCCGAACAGGCGGACAAGCUGGGCCGCAGCAACUGCGACGGCAGCCGCGUCCACCUGCUCUACAAGUGAGGGGCCGGGGGUAGGCGUCAGCCGCCUCCGCCUGUUGGCGGGGCGGGUGGAAAGGGCUGUUCCUUAAGGUCAGCACGGCUGAAGGUGGGUGGGCUGUAUUAACAGGGAAAGUACCCCCCCCAACCCCUCUCCUGUCCCCCCGCGCCGACUGUAACAGUCGGACGGCCCGGAAAACGGGACUACCCCCUUCCCAACCCCGCGUCCCGCCCCAACCCGCCCCGCUACACGCACACGACUCCCCUGCGUCACCGCGCGCUGUUGCGCACAGCCGGAGCCGGGCUCCCGGUACACGCGGCGCGGGUGUAGCAGGCGGCCGCGCUCAGUCAAUCCCCUGUACAGUGUCAUUGUAGCCUAGGAGCGAGUCCGCCUGUUGAUGCGGUUGACGGUGGGGGGGAGCAGGGCCGAGUACAAUGGGGAGGGGCAGCUGGCUGUGUCACAAGCGGCCAGCGGUGCCGCCUGUAAGUUACUGUCAGGCUGUAGCAUACCACUGAGUCUAGUUGCUUAGUCAGACUGUAGUGCACAAUUUUCUCUGGUUACUUGUACGUACAAUCAAACCUUAUUGCACACUGGGGUCGGGUUGCUGUAAUGGACCGGCUGGGGCCGGUUGUUCGUACAGCCGGGGCUGCUUGCUGGGUGUUGUCCGCCUGUCGCUAACACCCAGCCCCACAGAGGGGCGGGCACAGGCGGAGGGGCGGUGGUUGGCUCCGGCGAGCUGUAUUACAGUCGGUGGACGUACCGCUCCGUCCGCCGAGAUUACUGUCCCGAACGCACCGACUGUUGUACGCGUCAGG